AUGGGCAAAGGAGUUGGUGAAAGGAGCCCGCCUCAGCUCUUCCUCCUCCGCACCUGGGCCCUGUCGCCUGCGACGAGGACGAUGAUGUGGUCCAACUUCUUCAUGCACGAGGAGGGCCGCCGGCGAGCUCGCGGGGCGCGCCAGGCCGGGAUGGCCCCUGAGCACGAGGGGAAGAUCAAGCUGGCGCUGCUCCUGACCUCCGUGGGUGCCACGCUGGCCGUGCUGGCCGUGGGCACCGAGUUCUGGGUGGAACUCAACACCUACAGGGACAACGGCAGUGCCGUCUGUGAUGCUGCCCACCUGGGGCUCUGGAAGAUGUGCACCAAGCGACUGUGGCAGGUGGACGUGCCCGCGGGCAGAGACACCUGCGGCCCAGCGGAGCUGCCCGGAGAAGCAAACUGCACUUAUUUUAAAUUCUUCACCACGGGAGAGGAUGCUCACAUCUUCCAGAGAACCACAAAGAAAGAGGUAAAUCUGGCAGCUGCGGUGAUAGCAGUGCUAGGCCUGGCAGUCAUGGCCCUGGGGUGCCUCUGUGUCAUCAUGGUGCUCAGCAAAGGUGCAGAGUUCCUGCUCCGGGUGGGAGCCAUCUGCUUUGGCCUCUCAGGCCUGCUGCUUCUGGUCAGCCUGGAGGUGUUCCGCCAUUCCGUGCAAGCCUUGCUGCAGAGAGUUAGCCCUGAGCCUCCCCCGUCCCCGGCCCUGACCUAUGAAUACUCCUGGUCUCUGGGCUGUGGCUUGGGGGCCGGCCUGGUCCUGAUCCUGGGGAGUGGCUUCUUUCUCCUGCUCACCCUGCCUCCCUGGCCCUGGGGCUCCCUCUGUCCCAAGUGGGGACACAGGGCCACCUAG